UAUACGAUCGCCCGUCUCGUGGUGACUAGGUAAUAGGAGACAGCUGACGUUACUCAAGACGUGCCUACAUUUAGACACCGAGAAAACGAGAGCACAAGUUCUUGCAUACCGAGGUUUGCAACGUCAUGGCUUCGAGUGGUAAUUUUUUUAUGCCAUCAGUGGCCGUGGUGACAACCGCCAAUACGUGUCCUGCUACGAGCCCAUUAUUAUUGUUUCUGUCGGCAUUGCUCAGCAGUAUCGCCCAGCAACAGCAGUCCGAGAAAACGGCAGUGGAUAACACUGGCUUGCUCGACGAGUACGACUACGUCGUUGUCGGUGGGGGCUCUGCUGGAAGUGUGGUGGCGUCGAGACUGUCAGAGGAUGCAAGUGUUAAGGUGCUGCUCAUCGAGAGGGGUGGGCAUGAACCACCAGAAGCCCGAGUUCCCGGCUAUACUACGAAUAAUCUCGGAAGUGCGCUGUCGGUUCCUGAACCUCAAAGCUGCAACGGCACGGGGUGUCUGCUCAAUGUGCCCAACGUCCUGGGCGGCGGCAGCGUUCUCAAUGGCAUGGUGUACGUGCGGGGCAGCGACGUGGACUUCGACGAGUGGGCCAAGCUUACCGGCGACCAGCAGUGGAGCUACCAGGGCGUGUUGCCCUAUUUCAAAAAGGCCGAAGACAACCUUGACCCUGCCAUCAAUAAAGACACAAAAUACCACGGACGGGGCGGGCCUCUAAAGGUUUCCUGGGAGCCAUAUCGCCACCCCGUCAUCGAGGUGCUCAAGACGGCGCUAAAGCAGAUAGGGCUGAGGGAGCGACUGGACAUCAACGCUGACAGUCAGCUCGGGUACAGCACCGUCCAGACGACGCAAGCGCAUGGAGAACGAUGGAGCACAUACCGUGCCUAUAUCGAGCCCGUGGUCAAGGCACGCAGCAACCUGCGUGUCCAGACGUUUGCCACUGCCAAAAGGGUGGUUGUUGACAAGACGAAAGAUGGCCUCCGAGCGUCCGCAGUGGUGUUCACGGACUCCAAGGGAAAGCGAGGAUUCCAGUACUACAGGACCUUCCAGUGGGCGAACGUCUACAUGACCACGUCGACAUUCCAGCAAUUCAGUUCCAGUGCAGACCUCCACUCUGCGUAUACGACUGGAAGAGCCGCCAGGCAGAUGAGCAGCAGUACAAGCAGAACCGAACCGGUCCUUUGUCUGCAAUGGACCUGUUGCAGUUCAUGGCUUUCGUUAGAACAUCCCUCGCCGCAGCCAACACGGGUCACCAACCAGAUAUGCAGAUUAUAUUUCUGGGAUCAACGGUUGACAAAGAUGUUGG